UCAGUAUCUUAUUUUGAAAGAGUGACCGGAAGUAGUGUUAUUCUUGCAGCCUUGAUUGAUUGUGGAGUAAACUUUUCUUCCAGAGAGAGAGAGAGAGAGAGAGAGAGCAGCUCCUCCUCUCCACGCUUCAGACCUGCAGCCACAUCAGCGGGACACUUUCUCAACAAUCAACCGGGAAUCUGCUCUCCGGUAACCGGCUGGUUUCCGUUACUCCAGUGACUCUCAGAGGGAUUAACCGGAGAGGAGUCCUGGAGGAGGUGAUGGAGCGGUGAAGAGUUGAAUCUCUCCAGAGAGAGAUCCGUCUGUCUGCUCCUCCUCUCACCGGGCUGUCCUGUCUCCUCUCCCCGCCUCAGAGGCCAUGGGCUGCGGCCUGAGGAAGCUGGAGGACCCGGAGGACAGCAGCCCCGGGAAGAUCUACUCCACCCUGAAGAGACCGCAAGUAGAGACCAAGACCGAGACCCAGCUGGAGUAUGUGCUGCUGGACUUCAGCCUGGAAGGUAGCCGUCCUACGGUGCAGUAUGUGGCUUCGCUUUCCGAGCUGCCCCAGGCUCUGCAGCCCUACUAUACACAAGGCUACGUCCUGACCGCCCUGCACCCCAUCAUCCUGUCUGUGGGCCGAACCCGCUCACUGCCCUUCAGCCUGCUCUACCGAGCCGUCUUGGCCCGUCCCAGAUCGAGUAAGCAGAUGACGUCCAUGUGUUACAGCAUGCCGACGUUGAAGGUGGAGGAGUGGCCGUUACCUGGAGAGUCACUGACGGGUGACACGGUCCGAGCGCUCAUCGACAGGGUGAACAGCAGCGCCCGGGGGGGCGUUCGUUUUGUUGGCUCGGUCCUCCAGCAGGUGAGCGGGAUCACUAACGGCAGGGUGCACAGUCCGAAGAGGGGCUGUCGCUCGCCGCCACGCAGCCCUCCUCGUACUCCGCCCGGAGACAGAGAGCUGGAGGAAAACACCUACAGUCCUGACUUGAGGCUGCUGGUCUUCUUCCACUCCUGGGCUCCGGGCUGUGCUCCUCUGGACUCACUGGCUUGUCAGUACCACCAAGGGGCGCUCUCCAUGCGCGUCUCCAGGAAGGGCCAGGUGGUCAGCUCCCUGGAAGCUGAUUGGCUGGAGCUGACCGCCGCCUACUACCGCAAAGGCUGGUCGUUGGUGGACUCCUUCGUCUACUGGGACACGCCGAAAGGUGAGCCGGUGCCCCGAUCACUGGAGGGAUUAUUUGUGUACGAGGAGAGAAGCACCUCUCCUCCUGCCAACGACACCAUCGUCGUCGAGCAGUGGACUGUCAUCGAGGGCUCUAACGUGAAAACAGACUACGGGCCUCUCCUUCACACUCUGGCUGAGUUUGGUUGGCUGCUCACAUGUGUGCUGCCCACUCCCAUCAUCCGUCAUGACAGUGACGGGAACUUGGCCACGAAGCAGGUUGUGUUUCUGCAGCGGCCGGUCAGAAGUCAGACGUCGGGACAACCGAGGAACCAGGUUCUAUCUGUGCACAGCGACGUGUCCAGUCGCUCCGUGAGUCGAGCGGUCAGCAGCCCCGUCCCUCCAGAGGAGCCGUCUCCGACCGCCGGAGGCAUCGGGGGCUUCCCGGUGUUCGGAGGCGGGUAUCCCAGCGCCCUGUCCCACCUGGAGGAAGGCGGCUUUGAGCAGGAAGAGGGGAAAGCUGAAGUCACCUGCAUGUGAGCGGGACGAACGCAGACUAUAACAUUCAGGAUUUAAACGUUGUUGGAUUACUGAAGGAGAACUCUGGGAAAGUCCACAGACUGUCCAUUUUGCUUUUAAUAACAGAGACUUUAAUGUAGAAGAACUCGGCACUUUUAAAAAAAAAUGUUUUUAAUGAAGCCAUAAUGAGAAUGAGGUAUUAUUUAGAUCUCUGUCCAAACUUUUACACGUCCAUGGGAGACACUUUACGCAUAUUUAAAUCUGGUUUUUUUUUAGGAUUUCCAACCUGUGAUCAGUUCAGGUGCUCAUGGGAAAUUGUCACAAAACUAAAAAGCACAAGCACAGAUUUCUGCAUACGUUGGAAACAACACUGGUGGUGAAACAAGGGAAACGGGCUCUACUUUCUUUUUGACCAUGAUCACACUUCAUAAAGUUUUCUUUCACAGUUGAACACAAUUUAAUUUCCCCUCAUCUCUCUCCCUCCACGAUGUUUCAACUCCUUCACAUCACCUUUAAGAGUCAAAGCUCCUCUCUUAUAGACUGAGGCAGGAUGUGAAUAUUUAUCAGGGAGUUUUCCUGUGUACUUUGGUACUGACAAUAGUACAUUUGUAAAGAUAACAGUAUUUUGUCUGGAGGAUUUUUACUAAAAUGGGCAUUUGCAACAUGUCAUAUCAGUGUGUUGACCCCCUCCUUAUGUUUAACGUGACUGGUGCCAAUUCAUAAUCAUUCUGGAAAUGGUUGUGUCUCAUCAUGCAUACAUUUUAAAGUAUUAUUUAAUAUUUCAUCAGCCAUGAUAUGAGGUAUUUUCUUUCGUCAAAUUGCUGCUUUACAUCUUAUAAUGGUACUGGCUAUACACCUGCUCCUUUCUCUGUAAUGGAUCAAGUUCUUCAGAGACGAUGUUAUAUUGAAACGAUGAUGACUGUGUUUUUUUUUAAAGGGGAACUCCACCGAUUUUAAAGUUUAUGUACAGGUCUUUGGGAAGUAGUACUGCAAGAAAAGGUUGUAUAAAGAGUUGGUUUGUUUGGAUGACUACAAGUUUGAUGAUGCAUUGUGGGUAAUGUAGGUGCCAGGUUUAGACAAGGAAGAAGAAUUUGUGGAAUAAAAAAAAGACUAUGGCUAUGUUCCAAAUCGCAUACUUUUUACUUUAAGUACAUACUGUUGCAUGCAGUAUGCAUACAAUUGGGACAUGCAUAUAUCCGCUGCACAGAGGAUUGUGGGUCAGAAUAUCCAGGAAAGCAUGCUGGCUUGCAUACUGCAAAAUGCAACCGGAUGAAGUAGUACAUCCUGGUAUUAUUGGCAUACUGCAUGUGACAUACGAUGUAUUGGGAUAUACUAAAUAGUAUGGUAGUAUGGAUAUUGGAACGCACAGAAUCUCUGGUUCUGCGUCAUCGGUUUUUAUGAGUUUGGAAAUGGUAUAGGAGUGAAAAUGUUAAAUCGGUGGAGUCCUCUUUUAAUACUAUGAAAAGGAUGUUUUUUUAAAGAGGACACAAAGUUGUUGUAUAUAUCUGUUAGUAUUCAUUGUGCAAAUUUCAACCAUUUGUGAUGCAUGUUAUUUUGCUUUUUGGGGGAACGAAAGGGAUCAAAUGCACCGAAAGUAUAGUUAUAUGUAUUCCAGUGAUGUGUUCACCGCCCAUACAUGUUUUAAAUGUAUUUAGCGCCACAAACUCCCCAUCAGGGUUUACUAAAUGUCAGUAUUAAUAUUCCAGCCUUUCCUUUUUUUUGGAGAGUUGUACAUUUUGCUUCCUUUUUUUUAUUGUAUUAAACACUUAUUUCCCAUGGUU